AUGGUUUCAAUACCUCACAACAGUGUUAGUAUUCUGAACGUGUCUUAUACAGUCAGGGAGCGUGUAGGACCAUGGUGGGAUUUCCCAUCAUACUGUAAAAAGUGGACAAGACAGAUUCUCAAAGAUGUUUCAUUUCAUAUAGAAAGUGGUGAAAUCAUGGCCAUUUUAGGAAAUUCUGGAUCUGGGAAAACAACACUGCUAGAUGCCAUAGCAGGAAGACUCAGCCAUAACAGCAGUUUUGUUGGACAAGUUUAUAUCAAUGGACGUGAACUGCAUCGGGAUCAAUUUCAAGACUGCUGUUCUUAUGUUCUCCAGAAUGAUACUUUACUAAGCUACCUCACCAUUGAAGAAUCUUUGACAUACAUUGCCUUGCUGGCCCUUCAGAAGCGUUCCCAUGACUUUAUAAAAAAGAAGGUUGAUGCUGUUAUGGCUGAGCUGAGGCUAAGUCAUAUUGCUAACAGCAUAAUUGGAAGCCGUAUUUUGGGGGGAAUUUCUGAGGGUGAAAAACGCCGUGUUUCAGUUGCAGCACAGUUAUUACAGGAUCCCCAGGUCAUGUUGCUAGAUGAACCAACAACUGGUCUGGACUGCAUGACAGCCAAUCAGAUUGUAUCGCUGCUUUCGGAACUUGCUCGAAAAGGAAAGAUAGUAAUUAUUACAAUCCAUCAACCACGAUCAGAACUUUUUCAGGUAUUUAACAAAAUUUGCAUCAUGAGUUUUGGAGAACUGAUUUUCUGUGGAGGCCCAUCAGACAUGAUCACAUUUUUUGGGGACUGUGGUUACACAUGUCCAGAACAUUCCAACCCAUUUGAUUUUUAUGUGGAUGUAACAUCAGUAGACACUCAAAGCAAAGUGCGUGAACUGGAAACUUACAGCCGAGUUCAAACUAUAUCUGCAGCCUAUAAAAGCUCAGAACAUUUUUGUGAAACUCUGAAGACCAUUGAAGAAACAAAGUACAGAGAGAAAGACCUGCCUCCUAUACCUUUUAAAUACAAAGACACCCCCAGUGCUUUCUCCAAACUAUGGAUUCUUUUAAGGAGGACAACAAGAAAUUUCUCCAGAGACAAGGCUGGGAUAAUUAUGAGGCUUUCCCAAAACUUACUGUUUGGCUUUUUCAUCGCAUCCUUCCUCUUGAGGCUGAAUGAUGAUCUUCUAACAGGAGCAGUGCAAGAUCGUGUUGGGCUCUUUUACCAGUGUAUGAGUGCACCCCCAUAUACAGGAAUUCUUAAUGCUCUGGCCCAGUUUCCUGCAUUACGAGUUGUAGCAGACCAAGAAAGCAAAGACGGUUUAUACUCAAAAUGGCAGAUGUUGCUUGCCUAUAUACUUCAUUUCUUGCCCUUCAGUAUCAUCAGCAUAGCACUCUUUAGCAUCUUUAUAUACUGGACUGUGGGAUUAUACCCAGAUGUUUCAAGUUUUGGAUAUUUCUUUGCUGCUGUUGUAGUACCUCAUAUAGUAGGAGAACUGCUUACACUUGUUUUUCUCGGUGUAAUUCAAAAUCCCAAUGUCAUCAAUGGAGGAGUUAUGCUACUUACCAUAGCAGGUGUCCUAGUAGGAAGUGGACUUAUGAGGAGCUUGGAGGACAUGCCCAUUGCUUUUAAGAUGCUGAGUUAUCUUACAUUCCAAAAGUACGGCAGUGAGAUUCUUGUUGUGAAUGAGUUUUCGAGAUUAAAAUUCACUUGCGGUCACUUCAACUUUUCCACUGGAGUUGGAUUUUCCUGUCCAUUCUCUCAUGGGAUUCAGUUCAUUGAAAGAAGCUAUCCUAGAGCUGUGUCCCGGUUCACAAUGGAUUUUUUACUACUAUAUUCCUUUAUCCCAGCACUUGUAAUUCUAGCAAUAAUAAGUUUUAAAAUAAGGGAUAUUAUUAUUCUUAGAUAA